UAGUGUGUCAAAUGCUUGCACUAUAUACUUCUACACAGUUUAUAAUAAUGUAUAGCCUAAGGCCAUCGUUGCUAUAAAUAGGGUGGACAAAAUAAAACACAUUACAAAUUGAAUUCACCUCCCUCAAUGUGCAUGGCUUUGCAGUAUGUUUAUAUCAGCUUCAUUUCUGUUCACCCUUAUGCUGCACAGUCUAGCCGUUCAAAGACCUAAUGGAAGGAAAGGUCGGUUAUUUUGAAGUUCAUAUCCGGAAGUAGUUUCCUCUAGAAUACAUGACUGCGUCACCGCUUGUACGGAGAACUUCUCACGAUGGCCUCCUCUGGAUUGUUGGUAUUGCUGUUUCUUCAGUUUGGACUUGGACAAAGUUCUCACAAGCAUCUUCCUGAAGAUCAUUAUAUUGGCCAGCAGCACAACCCUGACCACGACCUGAAUGUCCUGAUGGGAGACAAGGACACAGAGGAGAUUAAGAAACUCAGCCCUGCACAGCAGAGGGAAAAGAUGAUGGAUAUUGUAAAGAAGAUUGACACAAAUGCUGACAAUCUGCUUGGUCCAGAAGAGAUUACUCUGUGGAUUCAGCACGUCUACAGGAAAUACGCCCUAGAUGAUGCAGAGGAGCGGUUCCCUGAGUUUGACACUGACAAAGAUGGUGCUGUAACAUGGGAGGAAUACAACAUGAUAGAUCCCCUCGAUCAGCUCAUCAGUUUUGAUGACAGCACCGUUCUAGAGGAUCCAGAACAAGAGUCUCUCAGACACCUGCUUCUGAAGGAGAGGAGACGCUUUGACUUUGCUGAUGUGGACGGCACACCGGGCCUUAAUGUAACAGAGUUUCUUGCCUUCACACACCCGUCUGAAGUGGAUCACAUGGCUGAUUUUGCCAUUGAAGAUGUGUUGAGUGAAUAUGACACCGAUAAAGAUGGAUUCAUCGGUCUAAGUGAAUUUAUUGGAGAUGUCCGUGGUGAUGAGGACUCCCCUUCCCAGUGGGAGAUUGAGCAAACAGUGCGGUUUAAAGACCUUUAUGAUCAAGACAAGGAUGGCAAGUUGGAUCGAGAAGAGCAGCUUCGCUGGGUAGCACCUAACAGCUACGGUUCAGCAAGAGAAGAGGCUCUUCACCUCAUCAAGGAAAUGGACAGCGAUGGAGACGGGCAGAUCUCAGAGGCUGAAGUUUUGAAAAAUCAAGAGACAUUCAUGAACAGUGAAGUGACAGACUAUGGCAGACAGCUGCAUGUAUCACACGAUGAAUUAUAACUUAACGUUCUAGCUUGUUGUAGGGUGCUAUGUAGUUUAUUUCCUAUGUUGUACGUUAACAUUAGUCAUGGGAUUCGCUCCCUUGAGAGAGAUGUCCGCAUCUGUCUGUGAUCUAUUUGCAGUAGUAAAUUACAUGGACAAAAUAACAGGAAACAUUGAUUGCAAAAUGGCCAGCAUGGUGUUCAGUCUCACACUGACAAUGAGAGGCUGCACAAACGAGUGUGUUGCAGAGAUGUGUAUAUCAUACAAUAUCAUACCGCUUCGUUAAGGACAUGUGAACAGAAGUACUGAAAAGUUUUUGUUUGUGUUCAAACCAACAGACCUGUUAAUUACUAUCAAAGAAAUUGGAGUUUGUUCCUUUACAUUUACCGAACUGUAAUUGAAGAACCGCAGCUGUGUAACAUUUAAUAUUUGUCUCCCCCGAAAAAAGUGAAACGACAUGAGGUUCAGCCUGACCUGUUUCGGCUCUUCCUCAUUUGAAUCAAAUAUGUGAGCGUUGCUGUGUCAAAGCUGGUUUCCUGAGUGUGUCAUGAUCCGUUUCAUUUGCACCAAGCAGCAGCCUGUUACACUGCUGUACGUAGUAAAGUUACUUAAAUUUGAGUUGAGUGUUGCGAUCAGGGACUAUUUUUACCCACUACCAAGAUGACGUUACAAUUUAAAGAUGCCUUCUGGGUGAGUAAGCGUGAUGCUACAAUUCCCUACAUUUUUUGUUGUAUUGUUAAGUGGACCUUGACUUUUGACUAAGGUGUGCAUUAUUUGAAGUGCAGACCUUUACCUUUCAUUUAUGCUUUUCAUUUUGUCUAGACUGUAUCACAUUCUAGGUUAGUUAUGUGUGACUGCAGUCAUCUAAACUUUGUCCUGUCUUCAGGCUUCUAAUCUUCUUUGCUUUAUUUCCCUUUGCUCACUGAAUAGUUACUUAGUUACUAUUCAGUGACCUACGCACAAACAUUGUUUUCUAUCAGAAACCUGGCGUCACACGAGCUGGAGAUUUCUUUCUCAGUACAACAGUGUAUAAAGGCCAAAAUAACAAAUCAAUACAGUUAACUUUGGGGGCUUUAUCAUUAUUGAGGGUCUACAGAUAAAUACAUGCUAAUCUUGUCCCUCUAUGUGUGUUUACUUUUCAUAUCUGCACAGAGCACCUAAUUAUGUGCGUGUGUGUGUGUGUGACAAUGCAUCAGACCAAACCCAAAAAGUCAAUGUGACCAACACAUUUCAUACCGUAACCAUAAACAAAGCAUCUGGAACUGGCUACUGAGGAAGUAAAAUCAGUUGAACUCUA